AUGGCGAAGCAAUCGAUGCACACCAAGUCGCGACUCGGUCACAAACUCGCGCUCACACUUGAAAUGCUGAAGAACGUCGUCUGCUAUCCUGCACUUUUUCUCUUAGUUUACGCAGUACUCAUUUUGUUUGUUCAAUUACGUGGAUUUGACCUCCGCGUGUGUUGUGUCAUCUGGACGGUGGCAGACAUUGCAUCUGCUUUGAUGAAGGGUUGCCAAAGUAGAAGCUGUCAGAAGGCAGUUCAGACCGAUGAUUAUGUGGAAGAAGAAGAAGAGGACUCUGCGGAAACAUCUGAUGCGAAGUUUAUCAGAUUCAAGGGAAUACUCAAUUUCUUCGCGCAUAGAAGUCGUUCAAUGUGGACGUUACGGUCACAAACCUUAGUAGGGGAAGAAACGGGAGGAGCAGCCGCUGACACGAGCUAUGGAGUAGAAGAAAUUCCUGAUGGAUGCGAGUGGGAAGGAAGGGACGUGAAUAAGGCAAGGGAGACUAAGGGAAUGAAUGAGACACCAAAGCCAAGUUGUUCUUGUUUUGUCACCGAGACGGUUACACAAUCCACGGAGGCAGGAGAAGAGGCAUUGCGACACAGGCAUGCCUGCACGUACAUGCUUAGACCGAGCAGCAGUAGUAGCAGCGGCACAGACGUACGCUAG